CUGCCUACACUGCUGCCUGUACUGCUGCCUGCACUGCUGCUGCUGCCUCCACUGCUGAUGCCAUAGAGAAAAGCUGCUGCUCCAGACAAUUUAUGACUCUUCAUGUCCCUUUAAAGCACUCCAAAGCUGUGUUCAGGCGACAAGCAGCUCUGUUCCUGUGCUGGGAGCAGAGCCACAGACCUGGGAGAGGGAUUGCAUUGCAUUACAUUGCAUGGUGCUGGGCUGCAGCAGAAGAAGAAGGAGGCAAGUGAAGAACCCAGCAGCAUUAAAGGGGGGCAUCAGUGCCAGGGAUGUAACUGCUGCCAGGAGAGGAUAACCCCUCAUAAUACCAGGAUUCUCUGCCUAGAAGCAAAGGAUAUACCUUUAUAUAAAAUAAAGCAUAUAUAUAUAUAUAUAUAUUUUUUUUUUUGUAAGUAUACAGGAGCAUCAUCCCCCCCAUCUCUCUCUCUCUCUCUAAGGAUUUAAGGAGGCACUCUGCCCACAGGAAGGAUCUCCAAGGCUUCCCAGGAUUUUCCCAUCUCUUUAAAGUUGCAGCUCAGAAGAAAAAAAAUAAAGAAACAAAUAAUAAUCCACCUUAAGUUUGCAGCCAAACUUCUCAUCCCCACCUUUGCCUCCUUUUUGGAUUCUUGGAUUUAAAAAAAGGGGGAUGUGUAUAAUACAAGGUGCAGAGCUUAGCUGGGAAGAGAGUGAGUUAUACACCUGCAGAGCCCGGAGCUAAAGCAUUGAAGUGCCCCCCUCCAAGAAGCCCCCUUUAAGUCCCUGUGCCAAGGGGUUCCUUCUCAUCACCCACUACCACCAUCAUCAUCAUCAACCAUGAGCUCGGUCAGGCUGUGUGGAUGUGUCCUGCUCCUGCUCAUCUGUGCUACAAGCAGUGGCCAACGGAGCAACAGAAGAAAAACAGCAUCGGAAAUCUCCACGAGCACCAGACAAAAGACAAAAGAAAAGACAGCCGGAGCCACAUCGUCCAGCAGAGACUGUCUACAAGCUGGAGAAGCCUGCAAGAAUAACCCCAGCUGCAGCUUCAAUUUAAGAACAUUGCGCCAGUGCAUAGCGGGGAACGGUGCCAACAAGUUAGCCCCCAAUGCCAAGACUCAGUGCAAGCGCACGGUGGACGCCCUUCACUCCAGCCAGCUGCACGGCUGUAAGUGCAAAAGAGGGAUGAAGAAAGAAAAGAACUGUCUAAACAUAUACUGGAGCAUUCACCACACCUUGAUGGAAGGUGUAAGUGUCUUAGAGAGUUCACCGUAUGAAUCAUUCGUGAGGGGGUUUGACUAUGUGAGGCUGGCGUCCAUCACAGCAGGGUCUGAGAAUGAAGUCACCCAAGUCAAUCGUUGCCUGGAUGCGGCAAAAGCCUGCAACGUGGAUCCCACCUGCCAAAAGUUACGAACAGAGUAUGUCGGCUUGUGUAUACGUCCCAUGGCACGGACUGACUCUUGCAACCGUUCCAAGUGUCACAAGGCCUUGAGGAAGUUUUUUGACAGAGUUCCAGCUGAGUAUACGAGUGAACUGCUCUUCUGCCCGUGUGAGGACACAGCUUGUGCCGAGCGGAGGCGGCAAACUAUUGUCCCGGCUUGUUCUUAUGAGUCUAAAGAAAAGCCGAACUGCCUCACCCCACUAGACGCUUGUAAGGGGGAUUACAUUUGCAGGUCCCGGUUGGCCGCCUUUCAAAUGGACUGUGAGCCCUCAGUGCAGUCUGUGACCGGAUGUGCACGGGAGAACCAUGCAGCUUGUCUGAUGGCAUACACCGGAAUUAUAGGUAGUCCGAUCACACCCAACUAUGUGGAUAACUCAUCUUCUAGUGUCGCCCCCUGGUGCACCUGUAACACAAGUGGAAACCGUCAGGAGGAGUGUGAGAACUUCCUGCACUUCUUCACAAACAACCUCUGUCUACAAAACUCUAUUCAUGCUUUUGGCAAUGGGACCAACCUAAACCUGGCACUGAACCCAUCCGUGACCUCCACAACGCCCAGGCACAAGGAGGAGAAGUAUGCCAAUGCCUCGGUCCCUGCUGUAAAGGAAAGUGUUAAUGUAUAUGUCCAGCCCACAAAGGUUUCAAAGGAGGAACCCUUCCUAGAAGGAUCCAACGAAAUCAAAUCUGAGGUCUUCAACUCUCUGGUGCCAUCAUCCAGUUCCCGGUUGGUCAGCAGUGGUUGUUACUUUCUCCUCACUAUAUUUUUUCAAAUCUUUAUCUGAAGACGGCUGAGGGUGUCCCCUUUUACACACAAAAUAAAAACAAACAAAAAAAACACUAAAGUUUCUGAGAGAAAAACAAAACUGUGUCUUCUCUAUUUUUUUAUGUUAAUUCAUGGUAAUCUUAAGAGUCCUUCCUUUCAUUUAUCGUCUUUUAAAAUAAUAUGGAACGUCUCUUAUAGUCUCGGACUUGACUUUUUAGACACAUUUCGGGAAGGCCGGGUGGCGGUCGCCUCGGGUCGUCUGGAUUAUUGGUGCAGUGUUUGUGCCACCCGUGCCUGUGUGGUCCUUUGGAGCAUCAUAGAUAAUACACAAAUGUCUAAUGGGACUCAGCGGAGCGCAAGGACAAGAAUAACCGAUACGCGUAACUUGUGGUGAAAUCAAAAACAUUCUUUCAUAAAAUUGUCGAAAUUAUGUUCCUAAAUCCUAUAGUAAGUAGGAAACAAAAACAAAAAAAACAUAAAACAUUGAAACAAUCCUACUCUUUUUGCAUCAUACGGACCCUUAUUUUCUACAUUCUGGAUGGGCGGAGGGCUAGAGAUGUAUAAAUAUUAUGUAUUAUGGAUUCAUUUGUUAAAGGGUGACAGAAGAGUCAAACCAUGAAAGAUAAGGCUCUCCUAAGAGGGUGUCAUCUCCAGAGCAUCUUAAGUGCUUGUGUUCCUUAACUCCACCCCUCCCCCCCAUCAAACCUUUUCUUGACGAUCAUCUGAGAUCAUUUCUACAAGAUGAGCUAAGAUAGCGCUUUCGCAAUAUAAUGCAAGUUUGCUUCAUCUUAUGUCGACAAGAGAGUUUUACUUUCUAAUAACUCAGUUAUCCCCACUCCCCGGACCUUGGAUUUUCUUUUUUUUUCUUCUUCUUUUUUCUUUUUUUUUGGAAAGUAGCAUUAAAUUGUACUAUACAAA